AUGAACCCCUCCAACAACUCCAGCACCAUCACUAGCUUCAUCCUCCUAGGCUUCCUUUGCCCCAGGGAGGGGCAGGUCCUCCUCUUUGUGCUCUUCUCUGCUGUUUACCUCCUGACACUCAUGGGCAAUGGUUCUAUCAUCUGUGCUGUGCACUGGGAUCAGAGACUCCACACGCCCAUGUACAUCCUGCUCGCCAACUUCUCCUUCCUGGAGAUCUGGUAUGUCACCUCUACUGUCCCCAACAUGUUGGCCAACUUCCUCUCUGACACCAAGGUCAUCUCUUUCUCUGGGUGCUUUCUCCAGUUCUACUUUUUCUUCUCGUUGGGUUCUACAGAAUGCUUUUUCUUAGCUAUUAUGGCAUUUGAUCGAUACCUUGCCAUCUGCCGGCCUCUACAUUAUCCCACCUUUAUGACUGGAUAUCUCUGCACCAAUCUCGUGGUCAGUUGCUGGGUCCUUGGUUUUCUCUGGUUCUUGAUUCCUAUCAUCAUCAUUUCCCAAAUGUCCUUCUGUGGCUCCAUCAUUGACCACUUUCUGUGUGAUCCUGGUCCUCUGUUGGCCCUCACCUGUACCAGAGCUCCUGCAAUAGAGUUAACUAGCUCCACCUUAAGUUUUCUGCUCUUAUUUAUUCCCUUUCUUUUCAUCAUGGUGUCCUAUAUUCUGGUCCUACGAGCUGUGUUGAGGGUCCCUUCAGCAGCUGGACGAAAAAAGGCUUUUUCCACCUGUGGGUCCCAUCUGGCUGUGGUUUCUCUUUUCUAUGGCUCAGUGAUGGUCAUGUAUGGGAGCCCAACAUCAGAGCAUAAAACUGGAAUGCAGAAGAUAGUGACUUUGUUUUAUUCUGUAGUUACUCCACUCAUUAACCCUGUAAUAUAUAGUCUGAGGAACAAAGAUAUGAUAUGUGCUAUAAAAAAAUUAUUGGGAACAUAA